CGUUUUGUUGUGCUCUUGUUUGGCUACACCCACACUCCCUGGACCCGGCUUGCACCGUAACGUUCUACAUUCAAAACAAUCUUUAACCCAACAAUGCCUAUUGCACCAAUCACCGGAAAGCUUAGAAAGAGACUUUGGCUCGACAUUUCUGUCGCCCUUGGUCUCGGCGUCUCAUCUGCAUAUGCUUUUUGGUAUGGCGUACACCUCAAGUCUGUACAAAGGCAGGAGGAGUUUUAUCUCAAGCUGGAGCGAGCAAGAGUGCAGCAGUCGCAGUGAUAAGCGCACUUUAGAGUACACCAAACCUCUGUCACCGCACAAAUUAUAGACUGCGUCUACCUUACAAGGGGCUGUUUAUUGGACUACCUAGGAGAGACACCUUGCUUGCAUAUGGAUUGAAUCUGUUGCACUGGCG